AGAUCAGAAUAACGACAGAGCGAUAAAAAUUAGUAUUGUUGCACUUCACAAAUUAAUGAUCAUGAGUUCAUACUUGAUAAACUCGAACUAUAUCGAACCUUCCUUUCCUCCAUGCGACGAAUAUCAACAGAACGGAUACAUCCCCGCCCCUACUGAGUACUACGAACGGCCAAAAGAUUCGGGCUUUCCCCAUCACGACGAGGCGUCCUAUCCGAGGUCAAACUACACAGAACCGAGCUACGACUACGGUAAUGUCCCCAACAACGCUCUCGACGAUUUCACCGACAGGCAUCACGCACAGGCUCACCCCGUUGCCCAGAACCAUGGCCCUCGCCUCAACCCAGUCCCAGACAGCGGUGCCGUGGCGGACGUGAGCAAAGACUGCAGCCUCGCCACUGAGUCUUAUUCCAGCGCACAGAAGGGAAAGGAAGUGCCGGUGGUCUACCCCUGGAUGAAGAAGGUCCAUGUUGUCAAUGCUACUUACAAUGGAGGAGGAGUGCCCAAGAGGUCUCGCACUGCCUACACCCGCCAGCAGGCUCUCGAGCUGGAGAAAGAAUUCCACUUCAACCGUUACCUGACCCGGCGCAGGCGCGUGGAGAUCGCGCACACGAUGUGCCUGACCGAACGUCAGGUGAAGAUCUGGUUCCAGAACAGAAGGAUGAAGUGGAAGAAAGAUCACAAGCUGCCGAACACAAAGAUCCGCUCCUCAAGCUCAGCCUCGUCCUUGGGAGCCCAGCAGGAGCAGCAGCAACAACAGAAAAUCAAAACAGCCACGCACCAGCAGCUUGUUCCCACGCCUUGCACCGCGAGCCUAUAGUGAUGGAACCCUCGCGCCAAACCAACAGACUGAGAACAGAACACAGAAACUGAAUUUUGUGGCCCGAUUCUCGAGUAUGGCCCCCAUGGUAUUACCCCAUUCCCCUGGCCCUUGGGCCUGUCGCGUCCUUUCAAAACCAUUUCCCCUCUCAACCUCCUCUUUCUGUUUG